AUGUUAUGUCUGACGACUACACGAGGCUCAGGAACUAACGGCUACAUCCAACGUAACUUAUCCACAGUCCACUACAGACCCCCCAAAGGUGGCCAAUAUGACGAUGCAUCAACAGGGCCAGUAGGCUUUCGUCCUCCAAACAAGGACAUCCUCACCCACGAAAAGAAACGAGCCAUAGAACUCAAAUGUAUCACUCUACGAGACGAACUCGAGUCCCGUGGUACCGUAUCCGAGGACGAUAUUGAUACCGCUGUUGAUAACUUACGUCGUGAAUUACUGGGUCGUCUUGAAAAGAGCACUGGUGAUGCUAAAGACCUGAAAGUUGGGCAAACGCAUCAGUUGUCGGAAGCCAAGGAACGUGAGAAUGAACGUGUUAUGGAGGCUUUUGGGAUUAAGAAGAGCGAAUAUGUGGAGGGCGGAUCUUUUGAUAUGGAGUUGCAGGCUAGGAAGAAGCAGCAGCGGAUUGCUGAACGUGAGGAACGAGUCAAGCUGCAUGAGAAACGACAGGAGGAGUAUAAGAAGCGGGAUGAAGAACGUAAACAGAUUGAGCUUGAGCGCAAAGAGUCUGAGGAGGAUAGGGAAAAACAGAGGAAAAGGAAGGAUGAUGAAUAUAGAAGAGAGGCUGAAGCUCGAAUGGUUGAAGCUGAUCGAGAAGCUCGUCAACGAGAAGAAGGAAUGAACAAAAGACGACGUGAAGACUCCCCAACAGCAUCAAGGAGGCGCAAUCCCACUUCUUCUCCACCCCCUCGACGAAGAAAUGACUCCCCACCUUCUCGAAGAAAUGAUUCCAUAUCUCCAUCUCCUCGAAGAAAGCGUCAAGACUCGAACUCGCCACCACCACGAGCAGCUGCACGUAGAGAAUCAAUACAUAGCAACUCAGACCGAGGAUAUCGUGAUAGGCGUCGAGACUCGUAUGAUGAUAAACUUGGUGCAAGUCGUGAUAGAAGAGAUCAAGUACAGGAACGUAAAGCUAGUCUACCCGAUACUGGAUUUACCAUACGCGGAAGAGCCGAUAAUAGGGAUCGACGUGAUGAGGAUGAAGAGGAGUACGAACGUCGUCGAGGAGACACCGGAUAUGGACGUAGUAACAGAGACGAUUAUAAACGACAACGACGUUAUAGUGAUGACGAACAAGAUAGUCGUCGACCACAACAAUCAGUACCAUCUAUACGAGGCGCUGCAUCCAGAAUAGCCGCAAAACGUGAAGAGGAUGAUAUGAGUCCACCCAAAAAUCCAACCCAUAUGCCGUUACCACGACGUAACCAGGCAUCAUCUUCUCCUCCUGCUAGAGCUAAUAGUGGCAGUAGACGAAGGCAGCUAUCAGAUUCUGAAGAUGAUUUGCGUGAUGGAGGAAGAGGGAGGAGCACCAGAAGAGGUCGUAGUCCGUCUACUGACUCUCGUCGAUCUGAUGGUAGUAGUGAAGAUGGACUUGUGAGGAAUAGGAGCAACGGUAGUAGUGGUGCAAGAGGUAGGAAACGCUCAUACUCUUCUGAUGGGGAUGAUUAUAGAAGAGGUCGUGGACGUUAA